UUUUGUUUUUGUUAUUAUUUCCUUACUUCCUUCCUCUGUACAGCGGGCUCCCUCUGCGGCCGUCGGCCCGUACUACCCAACAAGCGUUCUCCGGCCCGCCCGUAGGCGCUGCCGUCAUGGGACCCAGCGCGGGGCCGCGGGCCCCCCGGGGCCGGGCCUGCGCCGGGGCGUGGAGGGCCGCCGUGGUGCUGCUGCUGCUGGGGUCGGCCGCGGCCCAGACCCCCGCCCCCAGCGCCCCCUGUGGGAACGGGACCGCCCCCCCGACCUUAAGGCAGCCUGGGUACCCGGACAGCGUGGGGGCGGACCCCGGAGCCGGCUUCAUGGCCCCCCUGGUGCAGUCCUUCCUGGACACGGUCCAGCCCUCGCCCUUCCCCGGGGAUUUGAUUCUGUCGCUGACUAAAGACUUCAAUAAACUCGUGUCUGAUCCAGAAACCAGGAAAGCAGCCUUACGGUAUGAGACGGGCUUCUUGGUGUGCGUGGCCAUCGGCGUCCUGUACAUCGUGCUGAUGCCCCUGGUGGGUAUCUUCCUGGUAUGCUGCCGUUGCUGUGGCAACUGUGGCGGGGAGAUGUACCAGAAGCAGACUUCCAGCAUCAACUGUUGGAGGAGAAGCCUCUACUGGAGUCUGUUCCUCACCACAGUCGUCCUACUUGCGGGGAACAUCUGCAUGUUCAAAAGCAACGAAGCCUUCAAGGUCAGUGUGGACCAAGGCCAGGGAGGGAUCAUCACAGCGAUAGACAACAUCCAGACCUUCAUCACCGAUGUGCCCCAGCAAAUAACCUAUGUUGUGAACGCAAGCUACAAGACUGUCAACGAGGUGACGGAGAACCUGGGAGACAUUGGCUCUCAGCUGGGUUCCCGUAUUCAACGCAGCUUCAGGAUCCCUCUGAAGCCGGCUCUGGACUCUGUCGACCUGCUGGAGCGAGAUGCCUUGAAGACCAACGAUCUGCUGAAUAAACUGAACGGCACCGUGGACCUGCUGCAGCGCAGCAUCGCCAUCGCCCAGGCCAACGUGACGGCUGUCAGAACCAAACUCAACGAUACCAUUUACGAUCCAGAUUGCAACAACUGCACCCGGCUUGAGCCAGAACUGCAGAAAUUAACAGUGGACACCACGCUAGAGGUGAGCAGCACUGAGGGGUCGUCCAGCUAUAGCGGAUAGGGGAGGAGUCUUUAU